AUGAACUCUCUCUUUCCCUUUCGCCUUCUCACCCUCCCCUCCCUAUAUCUCCUCUCUCUCUCUCUCUCUCUAUCUAUCUAUCUAUCUAUCUCUCUCAAUUCCCAAUUUUUCUGGACCUUGGUUGAUUCGAUGUCAUUUGGAAUUCCUUUUCUCUUUUUGAUAUUUUUUGCUCAGAAUUUACAAGUUUCCUUUCCUUUAACUCAUUUUUUCCAGUUUAUGCUUCUUCCGUUUUAUCUUUCUUCCGUUUUAUCCCUCUUCCUUUUUGUCCUUCUUCCGUUUUAUCCCUCUUCCUUUUUGUCCUUCUUCCGUUUUAUCCUUCUUCCGUUUUGUCCUUCUUCCGUUUUGUCCGUCAUCAGUUUUGUCCUUCUUCCAUUUUGUCCUUCUUCCGUUUUGUCUGUCAUCAGUUUUGUCCUUCUUCCGUUUUUUUCGUCUUCCAUUUUGUCCUUCUUCCGUUUUGUCCUUCUUCCGUUUUAUCCCUCUUCCUUUUUUGUCCUUCUUCCGUUUUAUCCCUCUUCCUUUUUGUCCUUCUUCCGUUUUAUCCUUCUUCCGUUUUGUCCGUCUUCCGUUUUGUCCGUCAUCAGUUUUGUCCUUCCAUUUUGUCCUUCUUCCGUUUUGUCUGUCAUCAGUUUUGUCCUUCUUCCGUUUUUUCGUCUUCCAUUUUGUCCUUCUUCCGUUUUUCCGUCUUCCAUUUUGUCUUCCUUCGAUUUUGCCCGUCUUUUGUUUGGUCCGUCUUCCGUUUUAUCCUUCUUCCAUUUCCCGCCCAAAUAUGACAACAGCACUCCAUUCUCGGCCUGA